GAACCGAUUAAGAUAACAGGGAGAUAUCAUCAAAAACAAAUUUCGGAAGUUUCAAAAAGACGCUCAUAUUUUAUGAUUUAUAUUGGUUCUGAGUUAUAGAAUGCCGGUUGUGCAAAAUGAAAUUUAAAACUGUAGCAGCUCUACUAGACGGUGUGCACACGGAUUUUGUGGUGUCGGUUUUCGAGGACACUACUUUUAUUGCGGUAACUCAAAACUCAAAACUAGGGACAUUGUAUCUGGUCAAGCCAGAUAGUUGUGCAUUGCAAGAGCAGGGAUACGACAUUAAAGUACUUUUUGGCAGAGAAGACGAUAACCAAACUUCGAGUAUUGUUAGUUUAAUUCGAGCAUUAAAAGUUGACAGCAGAACUAUUAUUUCUCUCAUGAUUGAAAGCACUAACUUCAGAACUUUAAGAGCUGUGCAACAGGUCUUAUCCACACUGAUUUAAAAAGUUAACUUACCAAACAACAUGCCUUUAUAUGGUCAAGUCAUCAUUGGUCCACCCGGUAGUGGAAAAACUACUUAUUGUGAUGAAAUGAGCAAGUACUUGCAAGAAAUGGGCAGACGAGUGGCUAUAAUCAAUUUGGACCCAGGCAAUGAUUCAUUGUGUUACAAAGCAGCAAUCGAUAUAUCAGAACUUGUUACGGUUGAAGAUGUUAUGGAUUAUGUAAAUUUAGGACCCAAUGGAGCUUUGAUUUAUUGUAUAGAAUACUUGGAAAAGCGGCUUGAUUGGUUGUUGGAAAAAUUGAGAAAACUGACUGAUUAUUAUUUAUUUUUUGAUUGUCCUGGACAGGUAGAAAUAUACACUCAUCAUAACUCAAUGAAAAAUAUUAUGUGUGCAAUUAAAAAUGAAUUAGAUUUGCGGUUAUGUUGUGUACAACUUAUUGACUGUCAUUAUUGCAGUGAUCCAGGUAAAUACAUUUCAGCACUUUUGAUGUGUACAUCUACUAUGUAUCAAAUGGAAUUACCUCAUGUGAAUAUAUUAUCAAAAAUAGAUAUAGCCGUUAAACAUAAGUCAAAGCUAUUAUUCAAUUUAGAUUAUUAUACAGAUGUAUUGAGUCUUGAUCAGCUUUUGGAUGCAUUGCAAAAUGAUACCCACACUUCUAGGUAUCAUCGUUUGAAUAAAGCUAUAGUUAGUUUAAUUGAGGGGCAAAAUAUUGUUUCAUUUAUACCGCUUAAUGUGAAGGAUAGACGUACAUUGGAAUUAGUGAGAAAGAACAUUGAUAGAGCUAAUGGGUACAUUUUUAACCCUGAAGAGAAUCAGAAUGCCGAAAUGUUGAACUCAGUCAUGCAAUUGGAUAUCAACGAUUUAACUCUUGACGUUUUAGAAGAUUUACCUAAAUCGGAUUCAUUAGAUACAAUGAUGUAAACUUAAAUACUUAUUUUUU